AUGGAGAGUCAUAGCCGGAGAGCAACAAAAGCAUCAAAAAAAGCUCACAUCAGGCACAGACAAAUAGAAGAAAAGCAAAACACAGCAGUACAGCAAAUCAGAGGCAAGCAUCGAAGGGAAAGGAGGAUCAAAAACGACAAAGCAUCAGGGAGAUCAUCAGCGCAAGGCAACAACACAUCAACUUCAGGAGACACCACUCAGAGCAAGCAUGCAGACCGGCAAUCCCAGACACAGCCAUUCCACAAGCCUCCCAGGCAGAAUAGAUACAGCAUAAAGCAUCAGGGAGGCCAUAGGAAGCACAGCAAAUCAAAGCAUCCAUCACAGACAGGGAAAGGAAGCAGGCUCAUCCGCCAGCAGUACAGUCCCAUCACAACAUCACAGGAGGUCAGGAGUCCAGAGGAACCACACAGGGCAGCAUCAGACCAGAUCAGCAAAUCCAGGGGGCAUCAGAGAAGACGCAGCAAUCACAGCAUCAAUCACCACCCAGAAGCAUCAACGGACAAAGAAGCACCGACGAACUGCGCCGCCAUGCGUCAAACAAGCCGAAUCCGACACCACAAGAAGCACCAGCAGCAGCACCACAUCAGAAUGCCCCGGACAAUCAAAGAGCAGCACAUCGCAGCAUAA